AUGAAGGCCCGCAUACAGGCCGUGGAGGUACGAGAAGUGGCUACAGCAGACAAACUCGAGGCCCUUCAGAGGGAUAUGGCCCGACUUAAACAGGUAAACACAAAUAUGGAAAACAAAGUGGCGGCUUUGGAAAAUUCUAAACACCAGCGCAACCUCAGGAUCAGAGGGGUUUAA